GGCGAGGUGUCGGUGGAGAGACCGGAGAGGACGGAGAGGCUGCCGGGUCACUGCUGCCGCUGCUGCCGCUGCUGCUGCGGGAAAUUUGGCUCUCCAGAAAUACUGAAGGCGACUAAGUUUAGUUCAGGAUGCGUCCGUAAAUCCACCUUGUGUCUCUGCAAAGGGGUGAAAUCACAACCUUCUGAUAUAAACUGCGCUCAUUUUCUAUUCCUGGAGAGCUUAAUGCGCCUCGUCUCCAAACAUGAUCGGGAGAGGACUGUUCGUUUUGACCGUACUGUCCAACUGCGUUCUGUCAUUGCCGGUGACUUCAAGUCAGCUGGAGAAUGAAGACGUACAGGUGAUGAAAUGCAUUGUGGAGGCGUUGGCAGACGUGCUAUCAAGGCUCCACCCCAUGCCUGUCAGUCAGGAGUGUUUGGUCACACUGAAGACAGAUGACAGGCUUGUUUCUAUCCUUCGCCAUCACAGCUUCCUGAAGGAGCUGCAGGAGAUCGCCGUUCAAGGUGGUCAGGAGAGAGCUCAGCUGCAGAGAGACGCCGGUGCACCUGAAUCAACCACGCAAACUCCUCAGACUGCAGAUGUUGCUGAUCGAUCCAUGUUGGAGGCUUUAGGAGGCCCAGGUGAACGAUCCAUCCUGUCCCAGAAGAGGAGGACAGGAAAUGGAGACAGAGAGGAAGAAAAGCAUGUGAGCCUUGGAGACAGAGAGUCACAGGAGGACAGUGACAUCGUUGAAGAGGUGCAAGUGAAGAGGGAAGAUGACGAGGGCCCGCGAAGUCACAUCUCUGAGGCUGCGGAUGAGUGGAGUGAGGGCAGGGCUGUAAAGAGAGAGGAAGAAGAGGAAGAGUAUGGACAGAAGAGAGCAAAUUCAGGGGAGGAAAACAUGAUCAAGGAUAAGAAAGGUGCUGGAUCUGAACCCAGACACAAAUCAAAAGCAAAGAAGUUUGAUAAAGAAGAUGAAGUGGGGAAAGACAAGAGAUCUCCAUUUUUCUCACAUAGCCCUAAAGAACAGGUGGACGAGAUGGAAGAGGAGGAAGAGGAGGAAGAGGAUGAAGGAGAGCUGAAGAGAGAGAGUAGGGAGGGCCUACAGCGUUGGACCAAGAGGGGCAAGGCGUUGCCACUAAAGAGAAAAGCAGCGCAGCAGCUCAAGAGACAGCAUGAAGUGCCACAUCAUUCAAAAGAAGACACAGAGGAAGAGGAGGAGAAGAGGAAGAGAGGCAUGCAGAGGAGUCCGGAGGAGAAGGAGCUGCAGAUGAUCGCAAGGAGGGGACCUGAGGAAGAAGGGAGCGGCAGCCGGAAGUCAGAGGAGCCAGAGAUUGAAAGCCUGGCAGCCAUCGAGUCGGAGCUUGAAAACGUUGCCCAGAAACUCCACGAGAUGCGGCGAGGCUGAAGAGAGAGAGAGAGAGAGAGAGAGAGAGAGAGAGAGAGAGAGAGAGAGA